UCAUUCAGCUUUUCUCUUACACCAUAACCUUAAAUACUUACAUCGACAUGAGUACAAACUAGGAAUAUUUCUUUCUACAUAAUCGAGUCUUCUUAUACAAUCAAUUUAACGGGUGCAACAGUUGGUAUUCAGGUAAUAGGCACAACAAUCACUGCGACAACGAGAAAACCAAAAACAGAGGGAGGAAGUCAUAUUACAGUCUCUGACGACUGGACUUGGAAUAAGUAUUUCUCGGACAAGGUUUGUAUGGGAAGUAGGUGGGACGCUUAUUUUAUGUAUUAUGAAAAUAUGACCUCUCAUCCAACGAAAUUUCGAUUCAAGUCCAAGAGGAAGCGUGGGGAGGAUGAAAAUGAACGACCAUCAGGAAGCCAUACCGAGGAAAGACAUCACCGUCACCAUCAUCAUCGCUCUAAACGAAGCAGGACAUCGCCUUCUGCGACCAAAGAUGAUCCGUCCCUCUACGAUGAUACCCACCUUCCUAAUACUUCGUCCAGUCAAUACCUCGACCCAGAUGCUGCAUUUAGAGAGAGUUUAUUUGAUGCGAUGGCCGAUGAUGAAGCUGCACAAUAUUGGGAAGGAGUUUAUGGGCAGCCAAUUCAUACAUAUCCUGACGUCAAGCAAGGACCGACAGGCGAACUGGAACAAAUGACUGACGAGGAAUAUGCAGCAUAUGUUAGGGGUAAAAUGUAUGAAAAGACUCACCAACAUCUGAUGGAGGAAAAGGCUCGGCGCGAAGCAGCUAAAAAAGAACGAGAACGUUUGGCUCAGGAAGGUAGGAAAGAGGAGAGAGAGGCCGAGCGAUUUAGGAUACAGAUUGAGGAGAGCCUAAGAAGAGGCCAAGAGAGGAGGUCAAGGAAAGUUUGGACGGCGAAGUGGAAUAACUACAUUAAGAAUUGGGAAGAACUUGAGAAGAACUCUUCGAGAGUUGCAAUUGUAUCUAUACCUUGGCCGGUGGAAAGCGGCAGUCGAAAAGAUGUCAAAUUAGAGGAAAUCCGACGAUUUUUCUUAUAUGCACCAACUUCUGGAGAACCUACAGAGUCACAACUCACCAAGACGUUGAAGGUGGAAAGAGUUCGGUGGCAUCCUGACAAGAUCCAACAGAAACUAGGAGGGCAAGACGUUGACGAAGGGGUAAUGCAAGCUGUAACUGCUGUUUUCCAAAUUGUCGACGGGAUGUGGUCAGAAAGCAGGAAUAGAAAAUGAGUGGUCAAUGAGUUGAAGAAAUAUUAAUGGAACCUCGGAUUAUCAAAGCAUAGCAUGGAGUUUUGGAAGAACAUGAGGGGUAAUUGAAGCAAUCAAGGAAUACCACAUUGCAUCGCAUACGUUUUGGGGCUAGCAACAUCUUGACUGGGAACUGGGUAAUCAAUGAAUGGCAUAGAUACUGAUGAUUUCUUGCCAUGAGUAUUGAUUACAUUACUGUGAGGAGGAAUUAGACGCAAUGAGAUACGAUGAGAUACGACUCGCGAUUGAAUAGGUGCAUAUGACACUCAUUGUAAGACCUAUGUCAAAGUUUAGUAGUGCGGUGGGGAGCCGAGUUGGGUUUAAGGCUAACCUGUGCGUAUUCGUAGCGAAUACAAAGAUCGAUCCAAAAUCUUUGCACAAUUCCUUUGUAAGAAAUUUAAAGUUUCUUUCGUUCUUGAUUAUUUGAGAUCUGGAAGGAU